AUGGCUCUCUCAACCUACACGUUGCGGUCACCGCUGCUAAGCAUUUUGGUGUUCCUCAGCCUCAAACUCACGUCAGCAGCUUCGCUGGGAACAUACAAUGUCGACCCCGACUCGGUCUCCAUCUCCGGCUUUUCUAGCGGCGGCUUUAUGACUGCUCAGCUUGGAAUCGCCUACUCUGAUGUAUUCAAAGUCGGCUUCGGUGUCUUUGCCGGCGGACCCUUUGACUGUGCAAGGAAUCAGCCGAAGAUCACAUGCAUGAACAACAACACCCCUUCCAUCGAGAUUCCAAUGGAGAACAUCCGCCUCUGGGAUGGGAAGCAAAUUGACAAAAUCACCAAUCUAAAGUCGCGCAAGGUCUACCUGCAGGUUGGGGAGCGCGAUGAGAUCAUCGGCCCGAACGUCCUCUCCCAGCUAAGGAAUCAACUGUCGAGCUUCCUUACUGAGGAAUAUACCAUGUAUGUUGUUUCGCGCGGUGCUGCACACACGUUCCCUGCUGCUUUCGAUAGCCUUGGGAAUAAUGAAUGCGACGUCUCGAAACCUCCGUUUAUCAGCGAUUGCGGAUAUGACGGCGCCGGUGAGGUGUUGGGAUGGCUGUAUGGACGCGACUCUCUGAAGCCAAGAAAUUCUGGGCAGCUAAAAGGAACCCUCGUCGAAUAUGAGCAGACGGGGAAGUUCGGUGCCGGUGCGCGGGGCAUCGCUAUGGGCGAGAGAGGGUAUCUCUAUGUCCCCGACAGCUGCAGAGAUGGGUCGGGUUCGACGACGUGCAAACUCCAUGUUGCUCUUCACGGAUGCUGUCAGAGUUAUGACCUUAUCGGGAAGCACUUCGUGGAGAACACGGGCUAUAAUCAGUGGGCCGAUACGAACGACAUCAUCGUCCUCUACCCGCAGACGGCCGUCGAUAAAUCGUCGCACACCAUCUGGGGCGGCGAUUUGGAAGCGAAUACCCUUUCCUGCUGGGACUGGAUCGGGAUGUAUGGAGACGAUGCCGAUCAGAAGGGUGGGGUGCAGAUGGAGGCCAUUGUGAACCAGGUCAAGCGUAUUGUCAGUGGGUUUGCAGAUGACCGCGCUGAUGCCGGCGCAGAAGCCGAGACAAUAUCCGCACCGAGUUCUGGUUAUCCUGAUCGGGAGCUGUAG